AUGUCUUCGUGGCAAAAGCCACGGAGUAACCAUGACUGGCAGCUCCAGAGUUUGCUCAGCGUGUAUGCAGUGACGGACAGAGUGGUGGGACAAAGAAAUGUGAAAGAUAUAGAAGAAACAAACGUGAUCUUCAUCGGGAGUGAAAUCAGUGGGUUCUUUUCUGGAGGACUGCUUGCACGCAAGGGAGACAAGGUGCUGGUGUUGGAGAGCCACACGAUCGCCGGAGGAUCAGUGCAUUUGUUCGAUAUUGAAGAUUUUCACUUCGAUUCGGGACCUUCUUUGUUCUCGGGACUCACCUCGAAAGGGAUGCAUGCGAAUCCUCUAACCCAAGUGCAAGAAGCUCUCAAUUGCACAUUCGGAAUUCCAUCCCAACCCAACUUGAUCAAAUCCGAUGGUCUCAUAGCGUAA